GAGCGCGCACACGUAGUACACCGCCUUGCAGCCCGCCUGGCCUAGGGGCCAGGCCCGCCCCGCCAGGAAGGCCACGAAGACCGGCGUGAGCAGCAGCACCGCGCCGUCGGCCAGCGCCAGGUGCAGCACGAGCGUGGCAGCCAGCGGUCGCCCCCGCGCAGGCCGCCAGCCCGCCAAGCUCCAUACUACGAAGCCGUUGCCUGGCAGACCCAGCAGCGCCGCCAGCAGCAGGAAGGCCGUGCCUGUGGCCCGCGAGGACUGCGAGCUCAGCAGUGUCUCGUUCCCUGGGGGACGGUAGCAGACCGGCAUCCUUCUGCCCUGUAAGGGGCUGGAAAAGGCCAUAGAGUGCAUUCAGGGGUGAGGCAAAAGCCCUAGUUACCCCUGAUGCCAGCCCAGCACGGCAGAGAACAACCCAGCCCUGAACACAAACUGGGAGAGGCAACCUCCCCUACUCCUUCCUUCCACCAUGGAAUACCUCUCUGCUCUGAAACCCAACAGCCUGCUCAGGUCAGUAUCCAGUGUGAGCUCCGAGUUUGGCCGAAGGGUCUGGACCUCAGCUCCACUACGCCAGCGACCUUUCCGUGUCUGUGAUCACAAGCGGACCACCCGGAAAGGUCUGACAGCUGCCACCUGCCAGGAACUGCUAGACAAGGCAUUGAAGGCCCUGCUGCUGAGGGGAGUGCUAACACUGGUUCUAGAAGAGGACGGGACUGCUGUGGAGAGUGAGGACUUCUUCCAGAUAUUGGAGGAUGACACCUGCCUGAUGGUGCUGGAGUCAGGGCAGAGCUGGAGCCCCAUCAAGAGUGGGGUGCUGUUAUAUGGCCUGGGCCGGGAGAAGCCCAAGCACAGCAAGGACAUCGCCCGCAUCACGUUCGACAUAUACAAGCAAAACCCCCGAGACCUCUUUGGCAGCCUGAACAUCAAAGCCACAUUCUACGGGCUUUACUCCAUGACCUGUGACUUUCAAGGACUUGGCCCAAAGAAAAUACUCAGGGAGCUCCUACGGUGGACCUCCAUGCUGCUGCAAGGCCUGGGUCAUAUGUUGCUGGGGAUCUCCUCUACUCUGCGCCAUGUAGUGGAGGGGGCUGAGCAAUGGCAGAGACGCCUCCAUCCAUACUGAACAGGGCUGUGAGCUUCUGCCCCAGGCUUCUUCAAAGAGACAAACACUGAGGGCUGUGACAGCAUCAGGUUUCUGGACCUGGGCAGACAGUGCAGGCUAGAUAAUUCACCUGAUUUCCCCACUGUCCUCAGAACCCAUUGUUACAGGAGCCAUCAGCAUAAUGCCUACACCCCCAACCCCCAUCCUUUCCUGAAGAAUACUGUCCCAUCCCAGCUGUCUUUCUAGCCUCCCGCUUACCCUGAAAGGUCACAGGCAUGCCCCUAGACAUCUUGACCCCACCCUGAAAUUGCUGCUACAUCUAGAUUCCUUUCCAACAACUCCUGUCCCUAGGCUCCCCAGCAAAUGGAAGACAGCUCCCUCUAACUUUACCCUGAGAGCUCUAUUUCUUCAUACUUUUCCCAAUAUAAACAAACAUUUCCAAUAAAAAUAUAUAAAAUGUUUACCAGUAA